AUGGACAUCUUGGACGCUAACCCAAUCUCCUUCUCCGCCUUCCCCGACGACAAGGCGGUGUUCGAGCCGCUCAACCCCGAAGAUGUCCGUGCAUACCUCCACAAGGCCGUCGACUUCAUCUCUGACUACUACACCAACGUCGAGUCUAUGCCGGUUCUGCCCAACGUGAAGCCGGGAUACCUGCAGGACGAGCUUAGCGCGUCCCCGCCGACCCACUCCGCACCAUUCGAUGUCACCAUGAAGGAGCUCAGGACCUCCGUUGUCCCCGGCAUGACACACUGGGCUAGCCCCAAUUUCUUCGCCUUCUUUCCCUCCACCAACAGCGCCGCUGCCAUCGCCGGCAACCUCAUCGCCUCUGCCAUGAACACUGUUGGAUUCACGUGGCAGGCCUCGCCCGCGGCCACCGAGAUGGAGGUUCUCGCUCUUGACUGGCUUGCGCAGCUUCUGCGCCUACCCACCACCUUCAUGAACCGCACCAGUACUGGACGUGGCACCGGCGGUGGCGUCAUCCUCGGCACGACCAGCGAGGCAAUGCUCGUCACACUAGUCGCCGCCCGUGAUGCAGCUUUGCGUCGGAGUGGCUCCGUCGGCGUGUCCCACAUGACACGCUUGGUUGUCUAUGCCGCCGACCAGACCCACUCCACAUUCUUCAAGGCGUGCCGCCUCGCAGGCUUCGACCCCGCCAACAUCCGCUCCAUCCCUACCGGGUCUGAAACUAACUACGGGCUCGACCCAGCCAAGCUUCUCAAGGUACUGCAAGCUGAUGUCGAUGCCGGUCUCGUGCCCACAUAUGUUUGUGCCACGGUAGGCACCACUUCUUCCAACGCCGUCGACCCAGUGGGGGCCAUCGCUGACGUUGCCGCCAUGUUCAAUGCGUGGGUCCAUGUUGAUGCUGCUUACGCUGGCAGCGCGUGUAUCUGCCCAGAGUUUCGCCACCAUCUCGAUGGCGUCGAGCACGUGGACUCCAUUAGCAUGAGCCCACACAAAUGGCUUCUCACAUGUCUUGAUUGCACUUGUCUCUACGUCCGCGAUGCUCACCGACUGAGUGACUCGUUGGAGACAAACCCGGAGUACCUCAAGAACGACGCUACCGAGUCUGGCGAGGUCACAGAUCUUAAGGACAUGCAGGUUGGCGUUGGUCGACGCUUCCGUGGGCUCAAACUUUGGAUGGUUAUGCGCACCUAUGGUACCACAAAGCUCCAAGAGCACAUCCGUAGUGACGUCGCCAUGGCUAAGAUGUUUGAAGAUCUCGUCCAUGCCGACAACAAGUUCGAGGUGGUCGUACCGAGGAACUUUGCUCUUGUAUGCUUUAGGAUCAAGCCAAGUGGAUCCAUGACAGAAGAGGAUGCCGAUGAGGCAAACCGUCAACUAAUGGAGAAACUGAACAAGACCGGCCAGGCUUAUCUUGCGCACACGGUGGUUGGUGACAAGUUCGUUCUCCGGUUCGCCGUUGGGUCGUCGCUUCAGGAAGAGAGACAUGUGAGGAGUGCAUGGGACCUCAUCAAGAAGACUACGAGCACCAUAAUGGAUUAA